UUGGAAUUGUAUGAUUGCACACACUGUUAAGAGCUACCUCUUCUAAAAUUGUGAUUAUUUAUGAAAGUAUUUCUACAGUAACAACCUUAACUGCAAACGCUUAACGUUGUUACUCCAUUGUAAAAGUGGCCAUCACUUACUCUACAUUUCAAAAACAGAAUCCAGAAAAAAAAAAUGAAACUUCCCACUUAGUUGUCGGAGAAGAAGUCAAAUUAGGACUCGCCUUUGUCUUUUUGCUCAUCUGGGUCUCGAGCUUUCUGAAGAAAAAUGCAGCCUCGUCCAUGCAAUUUGGUUAUGGCAAGCCCUACAUGGAAAAAGGGGCGCAUUGGGAUUUUGAGAUGUUGGGGAUUAUUAAUUAUCAAUGAAAUGGCAUCACUGGUAAGAAAUGCGUUAUCCUUUAUAGCGGGAAGAGACGGUUGGAGUGUGACACUGCCAACAAUGGUGUUGGCCUAUGCUGCUACGCUAUCUUCCACUCUAUCGUUUCAAAAUUCUGUUCCUUUCUCUUCUCAACGUUCAGGAACACCAUAUGGGUCCUCUUUCCCAUCAAGCAGAGAUAAUGGUUCUGUUGUUCCACCGCUUGUUGUUUGUCAUGCUAAGAAGAAACUCAGCUUUAUGGACCAAAUUCUCGAUUAUAUUGAAGGGGGUCCCAAAUUAAGGAAGUGGUAUGGUGCACCUGACAUCCUUGAAAAAGAUGCUACUGCCAUAGAAGAUGAUGAGGAUAACUAUCCGGAUGAGGUCAGGGAUGCAGUGCUGGUAACUGAUGGAGAUAGUGAGAUGGGUCAGAUGGUGAUACUGUCAUUGAUUGUUAAAAAAGCUCGAGUAAAGGCACUGGUGAAGGAUAAAAGGGUUGCACUUGAAGCCUUUGGAAGUUAUGUUGAGUCCCUGGCAGGAGAUACUAGUGACAAUCGGUUCGUGAAGAAAGCUCUCAGAGGAGUUCGCACAAUCAUAUGUCCAAAUGAGGGUUUUCUUUCUAACGUUGGGAGCCUUCAAGGAGUACAACAUGUAAUCCUCUUAUCUCAGUUGUCAGCUUAUAGCAGUAAAAGUGGCUUUCAAUCUAUGAUGAAAAGCAAUGCAAAGAAACUAGCUGAGCAAGAUGAAUCAGUUUUGAAAACCUCUGGAAUUCCUUACACCAUAAUCAGGACUGGUGCAUUACAAGACACACCUGGUGGGAAGCAAGGCUUUUCCUUUGAUCAGGGUUGUGCAGCUAGUGGAAGUAUCAGCAAAGAAGAUGCUGCCUUUGUUUGUGUAGCAGCCUUGGAUUGCACCCCACAAACUGGGUUCAUAUUUGAGGUGGCCAAUGGGGAUAACAAAGUUUCAGAUUGGAAAGACUGUUUAUCCACAUUGAUGGAGAAAGCAAAUAAGAAACUCCAGUGACUAUUGACUAUUUAAUUCAUUAUGUGCAGAGUGCUCUCAAAUGGGUUUGUAUUUCAUGGGGAAGGAAAGCCUUGUGCCUUAGAGGGAUACAAAUGGUUACUUUCAGCUGUGAUCACAUAUUUUAAUAACCAUUGUUGAUUGAAAGUUAAGAAAUUGGUGUUCUCUCCAAUAUUUAGUGCUGU